AUGGCUCCCUCCCUUCCCCUCCCGGCAUGGGCAACUCGCACACAGAAUUCUCCUGCGGCUGUGAGGAGAGCGCAGCAUGCGUUCAGGCUCCUCGUUAACAAUCGGGGGUUUAUUCCUGGGGGUAAACGAGGCUUUACACUCGUCGCUGGCUUGGCUUGCACGCUCCUCCUCUUCUCGUACUUCUCGACUCCCUCGACUCUCCACUCCUACUACUCCUACUACUCUUCCUCCUCUUCCCCCUCCACCUCAGACGCCCGCUCCGACCUCCUCUCAGGCUGGAAAAACCUCCCCCCGAAAGUGAUCUACCCCGAAACCCCAGACCAUGCCUAUCCCCUCCCACUAAGUGCAACAUUGGAGGAACGUUUACAUGCAUUCCGCAACGCGCCCGGUGUAGGCUGGGAACCGCCUGAUUUCGUCGCCUGGAAUCUUCAGACAUGCGGCGAAGCGACGCCAAACCAUAACAAAGACCUGAUCGCAAAAGCCUCCCUAACCUGGUCCGUCCUCAACUCCUCCUCGAUCCUCGAACACCGCGAACGCAUGGCCCGUUUCCUCGAACAUCAUCAAUCCAUCGGAUCCUUCGACGACCCGGACUUGAACCCCUACACCCUCGAUGCAAACGGACUGGGCCAGGGAUCGUUGGUCGGGAAGGGGAGGGGGAUAGUGUUUACGGCGGGGAACGCGGAUACGCUUGGGAGGGUGGUGACGACGUUGAAGUUGUUGAGGCAGAGGUAUAGGUGUAAGUUGCCGGCUGCUAUUUAUCAUUUUCCGAGUGAGAAUCCGGGGGAGGACGAUAAUAUCCGGAUCGAACUCGCGAGUCUGAACGCGAAGCUUGUUUCCGUCACGGGCGAAGAGAAGGACGAGACAAGAGAGAAGAACUGGCAUUUGAAGGCGAUCUCUAUCGUUCAGUCGGAAUGGGCAGAAGUCAUUUACCUCGACUCAGAUAACUUCCCAGCCGCCGACCCAUCGUUACUGUUCAAUGCUCCAGCAUACGUCAAACUAGGGGCCUAUUUCGCUCCGGAUUACUGGAAGACUUCAGCUUCGAAUCCUAUCUGGCACAUCCUCGGCGUCCAAUGCCGCGACGAAUGGGAACAAGAAGCGGGCCAGAUCGUAGUCGACAAACGGCGCAACCUCGACGCUAUGCUUCUCAGUCUGUACAUGCUCAAGGAUUGGCGGUAUUGGUUCAUGUUCAGUGAUGGAGAUAAGGACGUUUUCAGGUUCUCGAUGCUCGCCCUCCGCAAACGCUGGGCCCUCCCAGGCCGCUACGUCGGCGUCGGCGGUCUUCCCAACGGUGUCCCGACCGGCGAUUUCUGCGGACAUACGAUGCAGCAGUAUGAUCAUGAGGGCAAGCCGCUGUUUGUGCAUUAUAAUUUGAUGAAACAGAUGCCUAGCGGUCUGGGCCGUGGACGUAGCUGGGGCAGGACGAAACAAGUCCGCGCGUACCCCUCCGUCCCCGCCGAAUCCACCACCGUCAAACUCUCCGAACUGCCUUCUCCCUCGGACCACACCAACGACGACCCAUCAGCCAACUCCCCCUCCUCCCCUUCAACACAACACGACACCCGCCAAUGGGUCCCCUUGACCUAUUUCCAGCACCCUUACCCCCAAUCCCUCUCGCGAGACCAUGAAAAGCUGCACCUAUUCAACAGCACCGAAGUCGAGGCUGACAUGCUCGCGAACGCGGACCCGCUGACGGGAUGGGCGAUCCAGCCUGCGACGGAGGAGGUGCGGAAGAGGGCGGUGCUGGAGAGGGGGUUGAGGCCUUAUUUCCAUGGCGGUGGGAAUUCGGCGUUUUGUAUCGAUGUGAAGUGGGUGGAUCCGAGGAAGGAGGCGUUGGUGGUCAAGACGGGCAAGGAAGAGGAGAGGCUGUAUGAGAAGAAUGGGAAGCCGUUGGAGGUGGAGUGGACGCAGGAUGGGACCAUUGAGCUCGUCCAGUGGAGCUCCGACAAGCGACUCCGUAUAUUCGAGGAUAACGUGUACGAUAUGGGAUUCCAGCCACACGGAUACGCCGCCGCCGUCGCAAGCAAGGACAAGGGACACCACUAAAUUCCAAUAAAUUAUCCCUCGAAACGCGACCGUUCUCCACCCUCGGGGCGUAUCUGACCCACCGACGGGCAUAUUGUAUUGUUGCUUGAUCUUCCCCUCCUACGAACUCUAUCCCUGAAGCGUAUACGUGUACAUACAGAGCCGGAGCGUUCUUCCCCCGGGGUUUAGCCAGUCGGACUUUUUAUUAAGAGGGAAAUGAGCGCGGUAUGAUAGCCUUAUGCACACGCACCUCCAUGCAGCGUGUGUAGUAUGUGACGCCCAUACAGUUUGCUUCUUUGUGCUUGCGCGGCGUUGCUUGUAUUGCUUUCGUUUACUUAGUAUUUUAUUUGUUCAGAGAGAUCGGAGAUCACUCGUUUAUAACAACCCGC